AUGGGACAAUUGGUGUCUUUCAAUGGUGACCGUGUCUACGAGUAUCCUCCUAUAUACGGUGAAUCAUAGAUAAUUUGUGUUGUUACGUGUUCUCAUCUUUAAUUUUUAGUUGUUUUAGAUAAUAUGGUCUAAACUAUAUUAUUGUAGCUUAGCGUAUGUUUUGGUUUCCUUAGUUAGCUUUUUUUAUUUUAUAAUUUGUUUGUAUACCUUUAAUUGUAGUUUUGUGUUUGCCAUUUCACAUUAUAAUAGUUGUAUUGGAUUCGUGCACUUAAAAUUAAGUAAUUUAUGUGAAUAUAGAUGUUUUAGAAGACCCUGUUGCUCACAUGGAGUACGCCCAGAUGGCUGAUGUUAAAUCGGAAGUGCAGAAAAGUACCGAGAACAUUGCCGAUACAUCAAAAGAGUUCAAGUUGUCAACUUCUGACUUGAACAAGUCUCCAGAAGAUGUUUUUGAAGUUGUGAGCAAAGUUGGCGAGGGGUGAGUGUAAUAUAUUAUUUUUUGUUUUUAGGAUUUUGGAAGAUUGGGUUUUAAAUACAUGUCUUUAUAUUUUACUAUUGUAAAUUACUUACGAUUAUAUGAUAAACCUUGUAGAUCGUAUGGAUCUGUUCACAAAGCGAUUCAUAAGGAAAGUGGCAAAGUUUUGGCGGUAAAGAAGGUUCCUGUGGAUACAGAUCUUCAGGAGAUCAUCAAAGAGAUUACAAUAAUGCAGGAAUGCAACAGUCCUUUUGUUGUAAAAUACUUUGGAUCGUAUUUUAAGAAUUCUGAUUUGUGGGUAAGUCUUCUUUUUUUACCUGAUAUAUAAAGAAUUCAUAUAUUAUAUUACAACUCUAAAAUUUAUUUUAUCGUUUAAAGAUAGUAAUGGAGUAUUGUGGAGCUGGUUCCAUAUCUGACAUUAUGAGGUUGAGACGAAAGACGUUGACUGAAGAGGAAGUAGCUUCUGUGUUAAGGGAUACGAUCAGAGGACUCAGCUACCUACAUGGGCUGAAGAAGAUACACAGAGACAUAAAGGCUGGCAACAUUCUUCUUAAUAUGGACGGGAACGCUAAGCUGGCAGACUUUGGAGUUGCGGGACAAUUGACUGAUACGAUGGCCAAGAGGAAUACUGUAAUUGGUACUCCUUUCUGGAUGGCACCAGAGCUGAUUCAGGAGAUUGGGUAUGACACAAAGGCCGACAUCUGGUCUUUGGGAAUUACAUCAAUUGAAAUGGCGGAAGGCAGGCCUCCACACGCCGAGAUUCAUCCUAUGCGGGUAAGUAUUGGUUCAGAUGCGUAAUGGUGAGUUUUGUUGAUUAAUUUGAGACUAAUAAUGAAGAAGCCAAUUUUACUGUUAUUUUGGGUUUUAAAAUAGGUUAAGCGUAACUUACAUACAUUUUAGGCGAUAUUCAUGAUUCCAACGAAACCUCCACCGACGCUCAAAAACCCCGAAGACUGGUCUCCAAUGUUCAACGACUUUAUCGCUCAAUGUUUGGUCAAAAACCCAGAAGAUCGUACUGUGGCUGACGCUCUUCUUGAACACGAGUUCAUUUUAGGGGCUAAAGGCCCAGAAGCAGUGAAAGACAUGAUUGCUGAUGCUCAAGACAUUGCAGCACAGUGUCUGCUACAGGAAUCUGUAAGUUUGUCAGCAUUAUUGAGUUUUUAAUGGGAAUACCUAUAUUUAUUCUAUAUUAUAUUAUAAAUUCUUUGUUUUAGCGUAACACAUUUGACAUGAUUUCAAGUGAUGCAACAUCAACUUUAAUGAAACCAGCAGAUACGAUCAAGAGUUACCAGAAUACUGGCCUUGACUUUGGUGACAGCACCCUAGUUCAACACAAAACUGUAGAUAGUGAGUUAUAUAUGAAAUUAACCGAGAGUAAGAAGUAGUUAAAUUUUUUUUACAAAAACGUUAUGACUUUGUCUUAUUUAUAACUAAAACAAAGUAUUUUAGGUCGAAGCGAUGAUUUCUUUACGGCCGCUGACAAGUACGAAUCUCUAAACAAUGCUUUUGCUACCGAAUUGAAUGUAAACGAGGCCCAAGCUUCUCCUCCGUCGUACGAUGCAUCUCAAGCUUCAUCCAGAUCUCAUGACAAAAUGGACCAUUAUCAUCAUACUGUAACCAAUCUGAUACGAAAGUCGCUCAACGACCCUGAUCCUGACUAUCGAUAUGUAAGUUCAAGUUAUUCAUUUCAUUUAUAACCUCCCAUUGUGUAUAUUCUGUAAGUGCUAUUUAUUACCGGUUAUCAUGAUCACUUUGUGUGUAAAAAAGAUUUGAUAAUACAUUGUCCGAUUAUCAAAAGUGAAAGGCUGAUUGAUUGACACAUUUUAGCUGGUCGAAUUAAGUACAGAUGAAUUGUUGACCCAGAAGCAGAUGUUAGACAAAGAGAUGGACGCUGAAUUAGAAGCCCUGCAAGCGCGGUACCAUGCCAAAAGAAAAGCCAUUCUAGAUGCCAUAAGUCAGAAAAAGAAUGGUACUGUUAAGUUUUAG